AUGGGGGAACAAUCGUUUGAUGGAAAACCAGCUGUGGUUAUUCCGCAAGAUUAUUAUGAAGAGGGCUGUCAAAUAUGGUGCUUCAGUCUCAUUGGGAGGCUGGAUCUCAAGGGUAUCAAACUCAAUGAUGUUAAGAUUAACUUGGAACAACAAUGGAAGCUUGGAGAGGCUAAGGUGCAGUUCAUCCCCAUGAACCGGGGAUUCUUCAUCAUCAAGUUGUUAACACAGGAAUACAAAGAAAAUUUUUAUCGUGAGGGUAACAAGGAUCCAUGGAUUGUGAACGAGCAACCUUUACGUCUGAUCGAAUGGUAUCCAGGGUUCGACGUUGAUAAACAAUAUACCUCUCACUCUACCGUCUGGGUCAAGUUUCCAGGUCUUCCGGUUGAAAUGUGGGUGGAGAAGACGCUGUUAGCUUUAGGAAAAUCUCUUGGAACUCCUAUUGUGGUUGAUAAGCGAACCCUAAACCAUGAGUAUGGGCAUUACGCCUCAGUCCUGAUCGAUAUUGAUUUUGCAAAGCUUAAUACAGAUUAUGUUUAUGUUGAAGCUGGUGGACGCAAUUUUUUGCAACCAUUUGAAAUCUUGAAAAGGCCGAAAUAUUAUUCCAAGUGCAAAAUAGUUGGUCACCUAGACUCAGAGUGCAGAAAGAAGCAUGUUACUGCAGUUAAUACGCCACCCGUUACUGCCAGUACGUCGCAGCAAUCUCAUGCUCUAGUUAUCCACCAGGGUGAGACUAAUACAGCAUGGCAAGUUGCAGGUCAAAAUAAGAAUGGUAAAAAAAAUCGAAAGGGAAGAGUUGAUAACAACGUACAGCCUGCUACUGUGAGCAUUGAAGACACUGUUGAGUUGGAACAACAGUUAGAAGAUGAACUCGUGAAUUCCGAAGCAAUUUUGCGCAGGGCUACAGCUGAGUUUGAGAGAGCCAAACAAGCUAAGCUUGCGCAUUCAGUUUUAGUUAACAUGGAAAAGUCGCUGAGUACUGUUGCCUUGAAUACUAAGCCAGUUGGGAAUGUUGAAUUGGCAAGAACUAGACUUCCUAAUCCUGUUGGUGAGACUUUGAAUAACCCUCUUUUGGAGAUUAAUAAGGUUGAUGAAGUAGCUAAACGUGCUAAGCAGCAGCAGUUGAUAGCUCUUCAAGCAAAAAUUGAUGCUUUGAGAGAUAAUGAUUCCAUGUCGGACUCGGAAGAAUCUGAAUUGGGAGUUCGUGCUCGAAAGGGUUCUUCACCAAGACUAAAAUCCUCCUCAAAUACUUCUCAUCCAGUAAAGCUAUCUAAAACUCAAACCCCCAAAUUUAAUUAUGCAGGUUCUCUUUUGGAACAUAAAUGGAUUUGCUCGUGA